GGCUCGCUUCGCAUCCGGGCCGGGGCAGGGGUGCGCACCGCCCCGCCACCCAGGAGCGCAAAGUUUCAGUUUCGCUUUCCUGGAGAUCCAGCGCGGCUCCAGGCAGAGCUGCUUCCCCUUCCUCUCUUCCUUGGCCUCCUCGCCGCGGACUGCCAGAAAGGGGCUGCUGUAUUUGGGAAACAGAAAACGUAGUAAACAUAUAAAGACCCAAGAGACCUGGAGGAUGGAUUUUCUUAAGGGUGUUGGAGCAGCAGCUUACAAGGAGAAAUCAGGUAGGAUCACCUCAUUCUCACAAUUGUCUCAGAACAUGUUUGCUCAGAUCUUUCCUCAGUGGAGAAAGGGGAAUACAGAAGGAGACUCUCUCUCCCACAAGUGCUCAGAGACUGAUAUCCUCCAAGAAAACUACAGUCAGCAAAUUACCCUUCAUCACAAUGACCUCAAAAUUUUAAAAAGUACUGAGAAUCAGCUGUGGGAAGUCCUCCAGAAUAAAUUUGACUGUAUCUUUACCCUGGUCUCCCCAGCCCAGGAAGGUAACAAUGAGUCUCUACAGGUCUUCAGAAAAAUGCUGACUCCCAGGGUAGAGUUAUCUGUCUGGAAGGCUGACCUCACCAGACACGCUGUGGAUGCUGUGGUGAAUGCAGCCAAUGAAGACCUCACACAUGGUGGGGGCCUGGCCCAGGCGCUUGUGAAAGCUGGCGGCGUGGAAAUCCAAGAGGAGAGCCGAAAGUGGAUUUCUGAAUUUAGCAAAGUACCCACGGGUGAGAUAGCUAUCACAGGAGCCGGGAAGCUCCCCUGCAAAUGCAUUAUCCAUGCUGUUGGGCCUCGGUGGCGGUUAAUGGAUAGACAGAAAUGUGUCAGUAAGCUGCAAAAGGCCAUUAUGAGUAUUUUGAAUUAUGUCAACGGUAAAAAUGGGGUAAUCGAGACAGUAGCAAUUCCAGCACUGAGCUCUGGGAUUUUCCAGUUCCCACUGGAUCUGUGCACACAGGUCAUUGUAGAAACUAUCAAGUCUUAUUACCAAAGAAUGCAGCCAGGCAGCAAUUUGAGGGAAAUUCACCUGGUAAGCAAUGAGGACCCUACGGUUGCUGCCUUUAAAGCUGCUUCAGAAGUCACCCUAGGGAAGAAUGAGCUGGGACCCCGGGUGACCCAAGAAGCCAGCACGAUCGUAUUGAACAACAUGACUCUCCAAAUUGUCCAGGGCCUCAUUGAACUGCAAGAUACAGAUGUAAUUGUUAAUUCUGUAAAUCCACGUGAUGGUCUUGGAGCUGGGACUGUGUCACAAUCAAUUCUACAAGCAGCAGGAAUUGAAUUAGAACAGGAAUUUAGCCGAAAUAUGACUAAGACACCACAAGAUUCCCCGCUGGUACUGGUCACAAAAGGAUUUAAAUUGUCCUGCAAAUACGUAUACCAUGUGUUGUGGCAUUUAGAAUAUUCUACACGAAAACUGAUAUUGAAAAAUGCAGUGAAGAAGUGUUUGGAAAAAUGCCUUGAGCGAAAUCUAACUUCUAUUUCUUUUCCUGCCCUUGGGACUGGUAUCCUUGGUAUGGGGAAGGAUAUAGUAGCAGAGAUUAUGUUGAAUGAAGUUUUACAAUUUGCCACAAGCCAUUUUCAGCAAUUAACUGUAAAGUUUGUGAUCUUCCCAAAUGAAGUGGAGACAUGUAAGGCUUUCAGGGCUGAAAUGGAAAAGAGGCUCAACGGUUACACUGGUGUUCCCCAGGGGACCAGAGAGAAGAGAGAAAACAAGCUCAAAGUUACACCUCCCGUCAUCAGUCUGAUGGGAUCCACCCAGGAAAAGGUAGAUGAGGCCCAAGCAUGGAUCCAAAGGAUUCUGAUCCUCCAGGAUUCCCACAUCAUUGAGGAUAAGCAUAUCCUCUACUUGGGGAAAAAGGAACAUGACGAUUUGUCUCAGCUUCAGAAAACCUCUCAGGUCUCUAUCUCAGAGACUGUCACUCUGGAAAAGGCAAAGUUAGAGAUUAAAGGAGCCCGGGCUGACCUCAUUGAGGCCGUUAUUAACAUUGAACAUAUGCUAUGUGAGGUUCAACAGGAAAUGGCACGAAAAAAGGAGCAAGUCCUUUGGAGCUUGUCAGGGCAACAGACUCAUCAGCAACCAGAAAAUCAGAAUCAAAUGAAGGAAAAUACAUUUCUGAAAUGCCUAAAGCUUUCAACUCCAGAAAUUCAGGAUCAAAAGAAACAGUUUGAAGACUGUGGUUUUCGGGUUAUAAAGGUAGAGAAAGUGGACAAUGUGCUUCUCACGGCUACCUUCCAAAGAAGGAAGAAAAUGAUGGAAGAGAGAACUCAUAGGAAACCUGUGAGCCACAGGUUGUUCCAGCAAGUCCCAUACCAGUUCUGCAAAAUGGUAUGCAGAGUCGGCUUUCAACGAAUGUACUCAGUGCCCUGCGACCUAAAAUAUGGAGCUGGAAUAUAUUUCACCAAGAACCUCAGAAACAUAGCACUCCAGGUCAAGAAAGCAUCUGCCACAGAUAAGCUCAUCUAUGUGUUUGAGGCUGAAGUACUCACAGGCUCCUUCUGCCAGGGUAAUCACUUAAAUAUUGUUCCCCCACCAUUGCAUCCUGGAGUCAUAGAGAGUCAUGACAGUGUGGUUGACAAAGUUUCCAGCCCUGAAACCUUUGUCAUUUUUAGUGGCACACAGGCUAUGCCCCAAUAUUUGUGGACUUGCCUCCAGGAUCAUGUACAGGAUUAUUUAGGACAAAUAGUGCUCUCUUCACAGCAGUUUCAGAGGAAAUUCUCAAGUGGCAGCCCUGUUGACUAACCUCCACAUCAUUUUAACAACAGGCAUGACCUUGCUUUGGAAAAACCAACCAAAUAAUGACCAUCAGUGACUCAAAGACUGGUUUGAAUAUGUCAGAUGGGUUGUCUGUAUGGACUGACAGGGUAAUUGAAGAGAUCAAAUACAAACUAACAUCUUCGUGCCUUCAUCUUUAUCUUCCUCUCUUAGGUUGGGUAGAUACCAACUGAAGCUUUCUCAGGACCCUUCCCUCUCCUUCAAGCUGUCCUUUCUUUACCAUAGUUUAAUAUUAACAGUGUUUUUCAUAUAACAAAGAGAUUUUUCCAGUAAAUAAUCCAGUCCUUUUAUUUUGUAAAAUGAUACUGUAAUCUCUUAGGACAAUAAUGUGAUCUUAGAUUUUCCAGAGAAUCUUAUAAAGUACUUUAGAUAUCAAAAUAAAUCACCUUUGCCAAAGUA